AUGAAGGGAGGAACCGAUCGCCAGAAAAGCUGGUGGCUGGAUGUAGCCAGUCCAUCCUGGGAUGACCUGAGUUCUAUCGGAAGGCUUCUCCACCUUCACCCCCUAACUCUGGAAGAUAUUCUUCACAGGGAUCCGCGGGAAAAGCUUGAAUCAUUCCCUGGAUUAGGUUAUUAUUUUAUCGUUUUCCGGGCACUUGAAAGCGAACGUUCCAGAGAACGUCUCCGCAAAUUCAGGAUUCAAAACGGUGAAGGAUCAACGAUCUUGCCCUCUAGCUCAGCGGAUGAAGGAGUCGUUGGUGCCGUUAAUGUGUACAUGGUCGUUUUUGCUGAAGGGAUAUGCUCGUUUCACUUCGAAGACAUAUCAGAACAUACGGACAAGCUCCGCAAUAAAGUUCUGAAAUUGGAUAACACCUUCGACAUGACUUCAGGUAUGUGUAAUAACGUUGUGAAAGCGUAG